AUGUCUCCCCAGAAUCUCUCACUUUCAGACUCACUCCAUAUAGCAAUUUUGGCUUCCAUACUUUGUCUUAUCAUUUACUGGCUCAUCAGGGACAGUUACAGAGUGAGAAACGUGAAUGGAAAGCAUGUUUUCAUAACAAGCUGUGACACUGGACUUGGAAACUCACUGGCUAAAAGGCUUGACAAAAUGGGGUUUUGUGUCAUUGCUGCAUGUGCCACAGAAAAAGGAGGCCAAGAGCUACAGUCCUGCUCCUCACUUUCCCUGAAGACAGUGAACCUGAACUUAGCUGACUCAACCAGCAUUGCUAGGGCUGUGCUGUUCGUGAGUGAAGAGACAGCUGGCAAGGGUCUUUUUGGCUUGGUGAGUCAUGCUGAAGGAACAGCACCUGUAGCACCCACUGACUGGCUAAGCAUUGAAGACUUCCACUCAGUCCUAGAUGUUAGUCUGCUGGGAUUGAUUGAAAUCACACUCAAGCUUCUGCCACUUCUGAAAAAAGCAGAGGGAAGAGUAGUCAAUCUCAUUAACACCAAAGGCCUCACAGCUUUUGCAGGGGCUGGCUACGGACUGCCCACAUGGGGCAUGGAAGCUUUCUCUGACCCCUUACGGAUAGAGAUGCAGCAUUUUGGAGUGAAAGUAAGCAUUGUUGAGCAUGGUUUCUUUGAAGCAGGAGUUGCUAAUUCAGAUGUCAUCGAGAAACACCUCUUAAGACUUUGGAAUAGACUGACUUCUGAGACCAGGGACUCCUAUGGAGAAAAGUACUUUGUUGAAUAUAUAAAAGCUCAAAGAUCAUCGCUGAAAAGACUGUGUAACACUGAUACUUCCAAGGUCAUAAAAUGUGUGGAACAUGCCCUGAUAGCUAAGCACCCCAGGAUACGAUACAGAGCUGGAUGGGAUGCAAAGUUCUUUUGGGUGUUUCUCUCCUAUGCUCCAAGCUGUUUAUCUGACAUGCUGCUGCAUAUGCUGUUUCCAGCUCCAGCAGCUAGUGGGAGAGCAGUUCCCAGAGUUCUAAUUAACAUUUAGUAUUAAACCAGCACCAGCUCCAGAGAAAUAAAUACCAAUCCUGUCAAAACCAGACAUCCUUUUCUU